GACCUAGGUGGGCCCCGUGGCGUUGCCGUGGUACAGACGACGCUCUCCAAGAGGGCGGGCUGCACUUCCGGGGCGGGGAACGGCCACCGGAAGUACGUGACCGCCCGGGGCCAUGGCGGCGCUCGGCGUCUUCUGCUUGCUGCUCGGGGCGGUAUCCUGGCCGCAGGCCUCGGCCUCGGGCGAGGAGUUCUGGCCCGGCCAGUCAGCAGCCGACAUCUUGUCGGGGGCGGCGUCCCGCAGACGGUAUCUUCUGUACGACGUCAACCCCCCGGAGGGCUUCAACCUCCGCAGGGACGUGUACGUCCGAGUUGCCUCCCUCCUGAAGACGCUGCGGAAGGCGGAGGAGUGGGCGUUGGUGUUGCCCCCCUGGGGCCGUCUCUUCCACUGGACGAGCCCCGACAUUCCCCAGGUCCGGAUUCCCUGGGCCGACUUCUUUGACCUUCCAAGUCUCAGUAGAAACAUCCCCGUCAUCGAGUACGAGCAGUUCAUCGCAGAGUCCGGCGGGCCCUUCAUCGACCAGGUCUAUGUCCUGCAAGGUUAUGCAGAGGGCUGGAAGGAGGGGGCCUGGGAGGAGAAGAUCGACAGCCGGCCCUGCAUCGAGCCGCCCCUUUACUCGCAGGACAAGCACGAGUAUUACAGAGGAUGGUUUUGGGGUUAUGAAGAGACGCGGGGUUUACACGUCUCCUGUCUGUCUGUUCAGGGCUCGGCUUCCGUCAUCGCCCCUGUGCUCCUGAGAAACACGUCCGCACGGUCCGUGAUGUUAGACCGAGCCGAAAACCUCCUUCACGACCACUAUGGAGGGAAGGAGUACUGGGACACCCGGCGCAGCAUGGUGUUUGCCAAGCACCUGCGGGCCGUGGGGGACGAGUUCCGGAGCAGGUACCUCAAUUCCACGGACGCAGCCGACAGGAUCCCCUUCGAGGAAGACUGGACCAAGAUGAAGGUCAAGCUGGGCUCUUCGCUGGGGGGCCCGUACCUGGGCGUCCACCUGAGGAGGAAGGACUUCAUCUGGGGGCACAGGGAGGACGUGCCCAGCCUGGAGGGGGCCGUGAGGAGGAUCCGCAGCCUCAUGAAGACCCACCAGCUGGACAAGGUGUUCGUGGCCACGGAUGCUGCCAGGAAGGAGCUGGACGGGCUGCGGAGGCUGCUGCCCGAGAUGGUGCGGUUUGAGCCCACGUGGGAGGAGCUGGAGCUAUACAAGGACGGGGGCGUCGCCAUCGUGGACCAGUGGGUCUGCGCACAUGCCAGGUUUUUUAUCGGCACCUCGGUCUCCACGUUCUCUUUUCGAAUUCACGAGGAGAGAGAAAUCCUGGGGUUGGACCCCAAGACGACAUACAACCGGUUCUGUGGGGACGAGGAGAAGGCGUGCGAGCAGCCCACGCACUGGAAGAUCGCGUACUGAGCCGGCCCGCGGGCGCCCCACACGCAGGCUCGUAGCUGCCCUCAGGACAGGUGUCGCCGCCGGGGCAGGGACCCCCCGGCUGGGCAGCAGGCUGUCCCCUCUCCAGUCUCAGGCCCGGGAGCCCUGCGGAGCCACGCUGCAUCUGUCCUGCCCUCCCCAGGCCCACCUGUCUGCCGUGACCCAGCGCCACCACUUCCCCGGGAUGUGGGUUGUUGGCUCCGGAUCCAGAACCGUGUCUCCGGGGCUAGCGAGGCCACCAUGAUGCCUCGGAGGUGCUGGCUUGUCCUUGUUGACCUUGGUCUGGAGGGUUUCCCACAGCGUCGGGCAGGCCUGGCGCCUGGGCUGCUCCUGUCCCGGGUGGUGGGCACAGUGCCACAGAGCAGGGCCCUUGGUCCUGCCCUUCUCCCCACGUGGGACCCCGUGCCAGCUGGAUGGUGGGCGAACCGCCACAUCACAGGGCCAGUCUGAGGCCUCUGAGGGCCUGUGAUGCCCUUGCCCCAUCCGUCCCCCACUGCCUGGGUCAGAGCAUCGGAACAUUCCUUGGCGAGUCCCAGUGCUUUGUGUGCUCACGGGGACGGGGGGCCCCCGCCAGUUGUCUGCAGGGUCCAUCCAGCUGUCCAGGCUGUCUGGUCUGUGAUGGCCACAGCAGUACGAGGGGUGGCCAGAUGCUCGUCCUCGAAGCCCCUGUGCUUCCCUCGCAAGGGCAGGGGUGCGGCUGAGGGGAGUGGCGUCACUCCAGCCUCGGAGAGCACCUUGGGGGCCAGCUGCUGCACGCGGGGCGGAGGCCGGUCUGCAGAGCCCUGUGCUGGGACUUCACGGCCGCCACGACGGAGCUACCGGGAGGGCGCUGCUGGGGGCCCACCCCGUCCCCUCCGACUAGGCACCCAACUUCCCACAACACCUGGGGUGACUGGCGACCUGGGCGCCGGGAGCCAUGCAGAACCCAUGAGGCUGGGCCCUGGCCGCCCCGCGGCUCCUUCCUGAGCUCUAGAGAGGCCCUGGUCACACGGCGGGGUCCUGCGGUGUCACCGCCGUGCCAGGUGAAACCGCGAGAUAUUUAUUCUUUGUACAUCAAGUAUUAAUAAAAUACAUUUUCUAGAAA